AAACUAUCUGCCAUCCACUCCUCGGCUCCAUCACCUUCUUCUUCUCCUUCACACAUCCUCAUCCCCCCCUCUCUGCUCUUUUACACCCACAGCUACUCUACUGCACCCCAAAAAGCAAUACCGACAACCAGGACCACGCCAGCAACCGUUACCCACUUCGGCCUUGACAAGAUGAAACUUCGCCUCUUAUCCCUGCUGCCACUCAUCCUGUCCUUGCAGCAGGUCUACUCCCAGGGCCCACAGACCACCCAGCAGUUCCUGGACCAGGCCAAUAUCUACCUGAGCAAGGGAGAGUACAACCUAGCUUUGGAGAGCUACGAUGCCGCCAUUGCCAAGGAUCCCUCCAACUACCUCUCAUACUUCAAGCGAGCCGCAACCUAUCUGACUCUUGGACGCAACAAUCAGGCUCUAGCCGAUUUCACAACCAUCCUGAAACUCAAACCUGAUUUCGGUCAAGCUCUGUUUCAGCGAGGAAAGAUCUACACCAAAGCUGGAGACUUCACUAAAGCCAAGGAGGAUUUGGAGGAAUACCUGAAGAGCAACAAAGGCGACAGUCAAGCAAACGAUAUUCCCGAACUGUUGUCAACGAUUGAUGAGGCCUCGAAUGCCCUGACCCUUGCCCAGGCGGCUGCAGCUAAAGGACAGUCGGAGGAGUGUGUUCAUAUCCUAGGGUCGGCCAUUCUGGUCGCACCGCUGUAUGUGCCCUUCCGGAUGCAGAGGGCCGAGUGUCAUCUGGCUCGGGGUGAGGUUGAGGAGGCUGUCAAUGACUUUAACCGGGCAACCCAUAACGCGGCCUUGGACCCAAAGUUGAUGCACCGGCUGUCAACCAUGAGCUACUAUUCCCUAUACACGCCCGAGCAGGCUCUGGCGCAAAUCAAGCAAUGUAUCUCGUUCGACCCUGAAAACAAGAUGUGUAAGGCAUUGUUCAAGAAGAUUAAGGCGACCGAGAAGGAUUUGACCAAGUUGAACAAGGACCUGGAGAACAGUCGAUGGUUGGGAGUAAUCAACAAGUCGGUUGGCGGCGAAAAGUCCCUGGUGAGCUCGAUUGAGACGGAAACAGCGAAUAUGGAAGCAGAGAACAAUGCCGUUGGCAAGAUGCCUAAGCGCUUAUUGUUGAAGGUCUACUCCGCAGCAUGCAAAGCGUACACUGAGGCGCAAGAUACCAAGAACGCACUCAAGUGGUGCACAUCAACAUUAUCGCUGGACGAGUCGAACGUGGAUGGUCUGGUUGGACGGGGUAUGGCGCAUAUGCUGAACGACGAUUUCGAGCAAGCGGUCAAUGAUUUCACAGAGGCACAGAAACUCUCAGAUGGACAGGACCGCGCUAUCCACGAAAAAUUAAGCAAGGCCCAACGGCUGUUGAAGCAAUCGCAACAGAAGGACUAUUACAAGAUCUUGGGUGUGUCGCGCAGUGCAUCCGAACGGGAAAUCAAGAAGGCGUUCCGUAAGCAGGCCAAGGAGUGGCACCCUGAUACCUACCGUGGCGAACUCAAGCCAGAUCAGGUGGAGAAGAAGAUGGCGUCGUUGAACGAGGCAUAUGAGGUACUGAGCGACCCAGAGUUGAGGGCACGGUUUGAUAACGGUGAUGAUCCCAAUGAUCCCCAGGGACAACAGAAUCCUUUCGGUCAAGGCUUCGGUGGUAAUCCGUUCUUUUUCCAACAAGGAGGAAGCCCCUUCGGACAAGCCGGCGGAGGCGGAUUCCAGUUCAACUUCCAGUUCUAAAGUCCAGUUCAAGUUAAAUAGACAAAAUAAAACGUUGAAUAACCGGGA